CGUUUUUGGACGCUGCCCAAUUUUAUAUCUUUCUUCAUGGCACAAUCCGUUGGCACGAUCCAGCGACGAUUGGAAUCGGUCCUUGAUGAUUUCAAGCAGGCUCGAACUUACUGGCACGAUAUCAACCGGGAAGGGUUUUCCAGAGCCAACACGCUUGUCAACGCAGUGAUUCAAUCACGAUAUGUAGAUAACAAUGCUUAUUGGCAUCCGAUGCUAGUCAUGGAAUUUCCUGAUCUUAAACGCGCGUACGAUGGGAAAAUGAAGAUCAUCAUCCGUCGCCAUGAGGAACAACUGUCGGAUUCUCUGCGAAAACUGGCACGGCAACAUGAUAAAAUGCAAGGAUACCUUGUGGAAUUGCAAGCUAUUUAUAAGAGGGCCCAGCAGCUAUUCGAUGCCCCCGAGGUCAUGCCGCUUUACCGUACAUGUUCACUCUCUGUUUUUGUGCAACGAUCAAAUGAUAUAGUGGCGAUGUAUUCGAAAGAGCUAUCGACGAAACAGAUGAUGCUAGGCUUAAACGGUCUCCAGCAUGUGAAGACGCGCGAGGAAGGUUUGACAUUAUUAUCGAUAUGGCUAAAUGAGCCCAGAAUUCUCGAAUCUGUCAUUCAGGAAUUUGAAGAAAUCUGCUCGUUCGAAAUGGACACCGUUUCUGCAUGAUACCCAUUACUUCCAUAUUGGACAAAGACCAAAGAAUCAACUAUUCACACUUGCCCUGGAUUAUUGCGUCAGUUUUCAAAGAAAAACCACACUUGCCUGAAAUCGAUGGGAUUAUACCAAAUAUCCGGCUAUCCGGCUACAGGACGGUGACAGCUUCACAGUGAAACAAACCAUCUACAAUAUAUCUUACUUUAGUUAGAUUUCUUUUACUAGCGUAUUAAAUUUAUGUAUUGCCUUUUUUUUUCGAUAAAAGAUG